AUGAUAAAACUAGCAUUUGGAAUAAAAGAAACUCUAAAAAUAUAUGAUCUAAUAAAAGAAACAACAAAAAAUAUCCAAAGAUCAAACUACAAACACAUUUCUCAAUACCAAAAGGAUUAUUUAGACAAAACCAAAUUAUUAUCAGAAAAAAUAUGA